AAAAAGGAGGACAAACGAGCGGACAGGUCACCUGGUAUUAAGUGAUCACUGCCGCCCACAUUCUCUUGCAACACCAGAGGAAUCACAGCAUCGUUGCCGGCCUUUAAGGAAGGUGUACGCGCUUUUUUAGUGGCGGAAAACUAGCUCAGCCAGCGACUCAAUUAGAAGAUAAGAUGCAGCCGCAAGGUGGAACCACAUCACUCGUGAUGUCUGCAGCUUCUUUACCUACCACACAGUCAACUUUACCAUUGCAUUCAUCAAUGACAACGCUUCCGACUAUCCCAGUUGCAACAAUCCAACCCAUGCAAAAAACAUCUGAAGCAUUAAAACCUCCUGAGGAGUCAAUAACAUUACCUUUAUUACCUGAAAAACCGGAGACGGCAAAAUUCAUCCAACCAAAGCCUAUUUCUACGAAAAUUUCACCCUCUUCCAUCCCAAACCCAAGUCCCAGUAUAGCUACUACUAAACAAGGUCAAGUAUCAUAUCCAAACUACAGUCGUUACAUGCCAUAUUCAGCGCCAAUAUAUUCAGCAUUUCAACCAGUUUCUUAUCCAUCAAUUGUUCAACCAACAACUACUGCAGUCCAACAACCUACACCAAGUCCAACGAACACAUUUACAACGACACCAACAAGCGCUUUUACGUCGCCAAAUGUAUUUGUAUCGGUUACAAAUGAAGCAUUAGAGGCAAAAAAUAGUGUUUUAGCUAUGGAUCAAAAUAAGAAUCAUGCUAAUUCUGGGGCUUCAUCUAUUGGCGAUAUAAAAAUUGCACAAAAAAAUAUAGAAAACCUCUUCCCAUCUAAAACAACAAGUCCCGUGCUAAAACAAGAAAUGAAAAACUCAACAAAUGAACAACAAAAAAAUAUAACGCCAGCAUCACAUGAAACACAUCAAACAACAGCACCAUUAAUAGAUAACGAGACCAAUAAGAAAAUACCUGCGGAGAGAUUUAGUUUGAAGACAAGUAUACCUAUAUGUAAAAUCGACUUUAAAUGUGUGAAUCCUUCAGAUAACUUUUUAUGUACUUCAAAACAAAAGACAAUUUUUAAUCCUUUAUUUAAUACAUCUAGCCACGAUAACACAAAUAACAUUUCAAUACAAGGUUCCUCAGAUAAAAAAGAAAUUGAGGAUAAAAUAGACAAUAAUGUAACAAACAACACAAUUAGUACAUUACUAACAGCUGCUGAAGUAAUAAAUCAAUCUGAGACAAAGACUACAGACGUUGAAACCAAAGACAAUGAUGAUAAUUUUUUACAAUGCAGUAAAUCACAAGCAAAGCCUAUAUUUAAUCCUUUGAAUAUUGAAUCUUCAACUAUUCAUAAAAUCCAGAACGAUGUCUUGACCGAAAGAGAUCAAACUGGUCAAAUUCUACUUAUUCAGAAUAAAAAAUCAUGUAACAAUAAAAUGUUGUUAACAAUACAACAGCAACCUCCGCAUCUAAUGAUUCAACGAACACCUGUUGAGCCAAAAAACAUGCAGACUCCUUCACGACCAUCAUCAAUUCAAACAAAAAAGUGUAAAGAAGAAUUAAUAAACAGUAGUGGAACGUCAUCAAAGGUAGUUUCACUAAAAAGAAUGCACCAAGACAAUUGUGAUGAAAAUGAUUUCGAAAAUCUUAUAACAGAAAAUCAAAUAUAUGGCAAUAAGAUAGUCGUGAGGGAGAAAUCACAAGGCAUAUUGCAAGAGAAAGAUGUAAAACCUAAAAGUAAUACAGAAAUUUAUAUAUCGACUGAGAACAAAAACGUUUUAGUACAGCCGAAUUUCGUAUAUCUUAGUAAAGUACCAACAAAUGUCAUGAUGAUUAAAAAAAGCAAUCAGACGAGCAGUGAUAACAAUAAGUUUAAAAUGUCAGUACAUGAAAACAAAGAAAGUUUUGAAAAUAUACUCAAUGAGGGUCAAAUUAAUACGUCUAAAUCAGUCUCAAAUGAUGAGGUUAAUAUACAAAAUACACAAAAUUUAGAAAAUGCUAAUAAGGACGAUACUGUUAUUUUCCAUACACCAACAUCAAAAAUUCUCAUGAAUCCAAAAAUAGUUUAUAAAAUGCCCUUUAUAAUUGAUGCUGAUAUUAACAAUAUAAAAGACAGCUCUAAUACUAAAUGUACAAACAUGAAAGAAGAAAAAAAUAAUUUAUCACCUAAACAAGCUCACGAUAAAGUAUAUUUCGCUUGUCAAAUGGAUUCCAAAUCUCAACCAAAAUUAUUGAUAACUAACAUACGACCCAACAUUUCCAAAUGUGAUGAAAUGAGUACAAUAGACAGUUAUGAAAAAAAGAAACGAUUAAAGCGCUUAAAAUAUUUGACAAAACGAGAAACAAAAGAUAGCAUGGAUAACAAGAAACAAAAACAAAAAGAACCCGAAGAAGAUAACAGUGAUCAUAUUUUAACACCUGAGAAAAUGGUCAUAGAAAUGUAUUACGAAUUCAUGACUAAAAACAGACAAGCCGUGGAAUCUGAAAGCGAUUAUGGUGAUGAUGAUGAUAUAACUGAGUACAAUAAGAUCAUAGACAAUUUUGGAUCGCAUAAGGAAAACAGACAUGGGAAAAAACAAUUUCUAUCUACCUUCAGGCUUGCCACUAGUGAGGAGUAUCAAGAAAAGAUAAUGGCUCGUGAGGAAAGAUCAAUCAAAAGUGACGCAGUUGCUUCUGCUUACAUAUCCGUAGGGCGCAUCGAUCGGCUUAAAAAUGAAAUAACACCUGUUUUAAGCUUCAUGAAACCCAAAAACUUAUCUCAAAAUGUGGUAAAAUUUUUAGAAGAAAAGGGAAUCAGACAGCGAAGUAAACAAUUGUUUUUGGCACAUCUGAACCUGAGUCAAGUUUCAAGACAGUAUCGAGAUGCGUAUGAAGCCGCGUGGCAUGGUGUUAUAAGCGAAAGAAAACGGCGAGCAACAUGUUGGGAAAAAUUGAGACCAAAACUUCCAAAACAAGUGCCCACCAGCUCAGAGCUAUCAGACACCACCGCCCAACUGAAAAUUAUGCAUGAAAUCAAACAUCAUGUGAAUGAGAACAACAAGCUGAUCAUAAAGAGAAUAGACUUCUGUCUCGAAGAUGGUGGAAGCAUAAAAGAACUCGCCGAACAGAAUUUUUCAGAAUUGAAUAAAUUAUCCCAAAUGGCUGAUACGAGCGUAAAACACUUCAGCGGUCAUGAUGUGAAGAAACUAGAUUUCAAUCCAGGGUAUGACUUUGAAAAAAUCCAGACAGUAGGCCGUCCACUCCAGAACUUUACUGAAAUUACCGUUCCAAAUAUUUACAAAAUAUUUUCAAUAAAAAGUGUGGAAACUGCAGUGACCUCUAAAUAUACAGAUGAUGUAGGAGCCAGUACGAACGAAGAUAAAUUAUUAAAAGAUGAGGAAAGAGUUCGAGAUUUUGGCAGUCAAGUUUCAUUACCUACACCUUGGCCAGGAAUAGAGGCUUUUACACAAAGCUACAAGGAAUAUGAAGCAGCCCGCACGAGAGAUAUGGCAGAACUAAGUCGUCGCAACACGUGUCUGCGUGUGGAGUCCGCGCACGUCACACGCAACGCGUCCAGAGACUCCGACAGAGCCAAAGUGCUGUUGACAGAGCUGAACAACUUGGCAAACGAAGAAGCUUCUGUGAGGCAUUCCAUUCACAAACUGUACGCCGCUAUUGACAUCGUUAAUAACUAUUGCGAAUGAUGUCAAUAGAAUGGAAUAGUCUUCAACAUAGAACAUGACGUCAUCUCCAUCUAGAAGUUCCAACACAAACCGAUAGCUAACCAUUGAUGUUUUAUAAAUAACCAGACUCCUAAACACCAAUUAAAAGAUCGUCAAAAAUAUCCGAGUGGUGGCGUAUAUACGUAUACAUUAAUUUAUACAGAUAACAUUAAAACAUUCAUUCAAAUUAACACCUUAUAUCGUGGGAGUAAUGUUCAAAAACUUUUGCAUACGCUCAUUAGAAGCUAUUAUAGUGUGAAAGAGACGGACGUUUCUUUUCGACUCUGUCGCGCAUUUCGUCGGCAAUGUACCUAUUUUGUUUUGUAAUUAUUUAGCAGAAUCAUUAAAAUCAUAAAGUUAGUUACAUAUUUUUGUUAAUUUAAAGGGGCACUUACCUCUAAUACGACACUCCAUUCUUUUUGAGUUUGGAUAUGCUGUUAUUUGGACAGUUUUGUCAUUGCGUGGCGUUGUAUUCAAAGCGCGGUUGAAACACAACGAGACAAAAACUCUGCCUAAUAGACGCGUUUGCUUCACAAAAUUUUUGAGCGUGAUUGUGAGUUGAGUUGUUUAUUGUACGUCAAUGUCGUUAACAUAAAAUAUUAGUGUGGCAUGUUAAGUUUAUGUGGCCGAAUACGAUGAACUUUAAAUAUCUCUCUUACGCGUGAAUGUAUAUAUUAGAACAGUAUAAUAUAAUCGUAUAGUCGAACAGCACAUUUUGGGCUAAUACUUCAAAAGCGGGGCGUUUAGACAUUAUGCAUUCAAAAUUGUAAUAAACAAAUGGGAUACCCCUUGGAAGUUUGUACAAGGUGGCCCCUAUUUUUAUAUACCUACAAGGUACAUGUAAGGAACGCUAUAUUUUUUACCUAAGAAACAAACAUAAUAAUAUUCUGUUAUGUUAAUUGUAUAAUACUUUUAACUAGUCAGGAACAAAUAUUGUAUAAUAUUAUUUUCUAACUUAAAUUAAAAUACUGUAGUGUUGUGUGAGUGUCGUCGUAAUAAGCGAUGAAACGGAUAUCCGACAACUAGCCAAUCUGGCUAAUUUUUGCUAUGCAGAGGGAUGACGGAUAGCGAAGAAAGGUAAUAUCCGGCCCCGUACAGAUUAGAUAUUACACUAUAAAUAACAAGUACCACAAUAGCUUUUAAUAAACACAUAAUACUAUGUUUUAUAAAUAAAGAUUCAUUCAAUUAGGCUUCGAAUCAGGGGCGAAUUUUUAUACGGGUCCCGCCAAGACACGCUACACCACUGUUUCGAAUAUAAUAUAUUAAACACAAGGAAACUGUUAAAAAUACAUUUGUACUAAAUGUGCGAUGUAAUCAAGAUGAAUGAAAUUUAUUUGCUGAUUUUAUCAUUUUUAGUAUACAUAGACGUUCAUUACUAUUAUGAAAAAUAAUAAUUUAAAUUGUUUCACAAUCAGCAUAGAAAUUGGGAAACACAAAACCCGCACUCGAUUGUAUGAAACGUACUGUACGUUUGAUUGAUAACUUGGUAACACUGAAAAUGUUUAGAAAAUGAAAAACGGCUUAAUGUAGAAAGUUGCCAAUACUUUUAUUGUUUUUCGAAGAAAUCUCCGUUCCUCUCUACACAUCGUCGCAUUCGAUGGCACUACUGAGAAAAGCAGUGGGCCCAUUCUUCCUUCCUUUCUAUGGCAUUUUCGUACGCUUUCACCGAAUCUUCAGGGCUUGUAAAGCGAAUACCUCGAUUUUAUCUUUAGUUCUUGGGAAUAAAUAAAAGUGGCAGGGCACCAGGUCAGGACUGUAUGACGGAUGACUCAUUAUCUCGCCACCUGCCAUAGUCAAAUAUUCAACAGUCCGUUUUGCGGAGUGCACUGAAGCAUUGUCGUGGUGAAGGAAGAUUCUGCUUCGAGGGCUUUCGAAUUUUUUCCAAGACAACAGGCAAACAGCGAUUGACAUACCAGUCUGCAGUAACUGUACUUCCAUCUUCUAGCACAAUUGUCGCGAAAUGACCUUUCCGACCCUUGAUUGCCUCAUUCUUUAAUGAGGCAAUCAUCUUUUUUCCUUGACUUCUUCCUUUCUUUACCUUAGUCGGCCGAUCCUCGAAAGGAAACACGCACUGAGCACGUAGCAAUAUAUCCAGCUUUCAUCACCUGUGACGAUGUCAAAUACAGCAUUUGAGUCACCGCCGUUGAACUUAUCUAACAUUUGGCGACACCGGUCCAUGUGAAGGUGUUUCUGGUCGUCGGUUAAAGUAUGGGGAAUCCAUCUGGUAUUAAGCUUCUUGACGCCUUAAUGUUCGUGUAAUAUCUUUUGAACUUGACUUAUACCAAUGCCUAGGCUUGCCCGUAAAAAGGCAUAAAAGGCAAUUUUUUUCUCAAAAUUGAUUCCUUUAGAAUUCUUUUUGAUGUCAUUUCUUAUACUACUAGAUACUACUACCGCUUCGGAAACAAAAGGCGCUCUGAGAGAGAAUGAAAUUGAAUUGAAAUUUCAAUAAAAAUAUACAAUACGUAUCUGUUGAUAGGUCACUCUCUUAUCUUCCUCUAUCAUGCGCAGCACAGCACUGAUGUUAUCUUCAGUAGUCGCUGUUAAAGAACGUCCCUCAUGCGGAUCAUCAUUGAGAUUGCUACGUCCAAGCUUAAACUCGUUAAACCAAUUGUUAAUAGUGGCACGAGAUGGGGCUUCAUUAGGAAUUCAUAACCGCAGCCAAUCACAGCUUUGUUGUUGAGUAAACCCACAUCGAAAGCCAUAAUAAAUCACUGACCGAAAAUUUUCGCGCGUUAGGCUCAUUUUCACGUGUAACAAGAGUUUUAGACUUGCCGCCAAUUCACAAAAACAAAUGUAAAAUGAAUGCAAUAUACUACAUAAGGCUACCAAAGAGUUCAAAAAAAGUUUUCAUAAGCAAUGUUUUAUAACUGGCCAGUUCCAAACAUUUUCAGUGUUACCCACGUAGAUUGACAAAUGACGGUUAUAAUCAUGUAAAAAAACGGAGAUAGCCGAAAUCCAGUACGUUUUAAAAACAACUGUUCGCUUUUAAACUUAGAUGGAUACGUCGUCGCCAGUCGCAUUACUGUAAUUACUGAUAUUUCAAACUUAUAUCAAAUGACUGUACGUUUUAUACUAAACUAAAUUUCAAUUUCUACUUAGGCAGUCUCGCCUCUUACUACGUCGUAUUUAUAUCAAAUAGGUUCAGUAAAUAACAAGUUUUUUUGUGAUGUGAUAAAUGGCAUGGAGCACUAAAGUCAGGUUUUGUAUAAACAGUAUGUUAUCGUAGGUACUCUAUAGAAUAUAGAUUAUAAAGUACACCUACAAGAAACAGAGUACAAUAACUCUAUUUUAGACUACGGCUGGCAACCCUAUGCCGAAUAUCCGGCUAUGUGGCCAAACGUCAGGUAUUCAGCCAAACUAUCUGUAUUUAUCCGUUUCAUCUCUAGUAGUUUAAUUAAUUUCUUCUCCUUUUCUGUCCGAAGUUAAUAUACAUUAUUUAUUUGUUUUUUUUUAAAUAAUUGUUCUAUAAGUAAUUGCAUUGAGUAAUAUUACACUAAUUAUUAAAAACAUUUACCGGUAGGUUUGUUUCCAUAGAAUGCCGACUAGACUUCCAAAAUCGGGAAGUGCCCUUUGGCACUAUAUCUUUCAUAUACCCCAAAAUCGAAAGUGCCGUACAGCACACUACGCCCUGACCAUGUUCUGACCCUCAUUUUGUUAAUAAGAUAGUUUAUUUUGCAUGGUCUUAUAGCUUGUUUCAAUAGCUUUCUUAUACAUUCUCUUAUAUCAUCCUAAUUAUAAGCAAUCUAUUAAUACACGUAUAUUAAUACGCAUAGACAGACUCCUGCGCGCGCGCCAAAAUCGCGCCGAUCUAUGGCAUACCACGGCGCGGGAGUACUUGCCGAUUAGGGAAGGCUAGAUACCACAGCGGCGCCUAAUUCUGCCCUCAAACAGUAAAAUAUGUACAAUUAGUGUUAUUAUGUUUCGGCGCUGUAGAUGUCUCAAAGUGCGAGCGCAAUUCUGAUGGCGCUCAGAAUUUUGGGUGUUUUAGGUACACUUUGUAUUGGACAGGACGUAUUACUCACCAUCAGGUGUACGUCUUCUAGUCAGUUUUUCUCUCAAAAUACCUGUUAUCCUCAAAUACUAUUUGAUUGAUAGCUUUAUUCAGAUCUUCUUUCAUCUAAAUCCUGACACUUAAAUAUUAAUUUCAUGAAAUGGUUUUACAUGAUGCAAUAUGAAAUCGAAAGAUACAAAAAUAAACAUUGUAAUUUUAAAUCACUUGUAGAUAAAGUUUAUGGUAUAGUCAUUAAUUAAACAGUAUAUUUUACAAUGUAUUAUUGUUAUUAUUUAUCAAAAUUAAUGUAACUUAAUAAAU